GAUGGUUAACAAUUUGAGUUUUCUAAAUAGUCAUCCAAUUCAAUAUCUAUCGCUAACUGGAUUUUCAUCAAUAUUAAACUUACACUUUAAUUAUAAUACAAUUGAUUUCUUGGAAUUAAUAAACUGCAAUCUUGGACUGGAGGAAUCUGUAAAAUUAGGCCAACAAUUGUCAAAUUGUCACCAUUUGAAAUCAAUAAAAUUGGAGAAAAGUAAUAAUGCAGGAAAUAUUUUUCAAAAGAGUUUACCAGGAAAAAGGUUAAUGAAAAUCAGAAUUUGCAAUUGUGAUUUGACAGAGGAACAAAAUCAUUUUCUUGGUCGUUUCUUGAAAGAUUGCCACUCCUUACAAGAAAUUGAUGUCAGCUAUAACGGAAAGAGUGGAAACGAAUUGAAGCCUAUCUGUAAUGGAUUAGAAUCCUCUUCGAAUAGCAUUUUAAAAAUCAAUUUGGCUGGUUGUUCUCUAAAUGAAUUGACCAGUGGAUUGUUGGGAGAUUUCCUCCAACAGUGCAAUUCAUUAAGGACAAUUGAUCUUAGCUUUAAUUAUCUCUGCGGACAGGGAUUUCAGAAAAUCUGCCAAGGAUUGAAAUCAUCCUCCAAAUCGCUCUCGGAAAUGAACAUUUACGAAUGCUCUCUAACCGUUCAACAGAGCUGUUGGCUAGGUAAUCUUUUAAGAGAAUGCACUUCGUUGCAAAUUAUCGAUUUCAGUUGCAAUGACACUUGCGGAAAAAGUUUACAAAGUAUAUGCGAAGGAUUAAAGUCAUCUUCGACAACUCUUACGAAAAUCGACUUUAGCGGAUGUUUCCUGUCUGACGAACAAAGCUACUGGUUGGGAGAUUUUUUGGAAGAGUGUAACUCCCUUAAGGAAAUUGAUCUAAGCUUUAACUCUAACUGUAGAAUUGGCUUUAAAAAAAUAUGCCACGGUUUAAAAUCAUCGGCGAAUACUCUUUUGAAAAUCACUUUAGACGGCUGUUGUUUGACGGAUGAGCAAAGCUAUUGGUUGGCAAGCUUUCUUCAAUACUGCAAUUCAUUGCAAGAGAUUGAUCUCAGUUUCAAUUCCAAUUACGGAAAUGCAAUUAAAAAUAUAUGUAACGGCUUAAAAACAUCUAUAAACUCUCUCUCAAAGUUAACUUUAGACGGAUGCGAUUUGACUGAUGAACAAACCGACUGUCUAGAUCAAUUUCUCAAAGAUUGCAUUUCAUUAAAAGAAUUCUAUUUCACUUGA